CUUGCUUCCAGUCGUCGAAUCAAAAACCCUUCUCUUCUCUCUCUCAUACUUUCUCUCUCUAAAUCUCACUCCCUCUCCCCUUUUUCUCUAAACAGAAAUUCUCUCUCUCUCUCUCUCUCAAUACAUAUAUUGUAGAAAUGGAACCAAAUGUACCAGUGGUAAGUAAAAGAGUAUGGAACAUAGUACGUGCCUUGUUCUUCAUGCUGAGGAAGGGCAUAUCAAAGCGAAAGCUGAUGGUCGAUCUCAACAUGAUGAUGAAACGUGGCAAGAUCGCAGGGAAGGCCAUUGUACACAACCUCAUGUUCCACCACCACACCGGAUCCACCUCCAACACCCGCUCACACGAACGACACGUGUCCUCCUCCGACCCCCGCGAGUACGAGUUCAGUUGCAGUAACAGCCCAGCAUUAUUCCCCUUCCAGGUCAGCAAGCUCAAGCACCACAUCCUCCACCACUCUAGCUUCUUCGCCUGCGCUCACGCGCCGCAAACCGACGACAACGACGCCACCACCGUCAACGCCGUGAUCAAGGCUUUGGAGGUGCUCAACAGCGAGGCGGCCUCGCCGGCGCUGCCGGGUUUCGGGAGGACCCCACUGGUGAGGCAACUGAGGAUAACCGACUCGCCGUAUCCGUUGCGUGACGGGGACGAGGAUAGCCACGUGGACCAAGCUGCUGAGGAGUUCAUAAUGAAAUUCUAUAAUAAUUUGAGGAGACAGAAUUUAAUGGGUACUCCGAUGACACGUUGAGAAGUUCCGGCAUGUGUGUCAGAUUCCGACUAUCCUGAGUUUAAUUAUGUUUUUGCAUGGGUAAUAUAAGUCUUAUUAUUGUUCAUCAAGAUAAGAAUAAAGGUUGCAUUGCUUUUGGUAUCUUCAGAAUGUACGUGUUGUGAAGAUUAAUUGAAAUUUCAGUUUCAAGAUUGUAAAAGGCUUUGUAAACAGAUAUUUUAAGGGAAUAAUUAUUAGUUAGAAAAAUGUAACAUUGGUAUACUUAUAAUUAAAUGAGAGCUUAUCUUUUAUUUUGAGA